UGAAGAAGAACAAUCCAAAUCACAAGAUGACAGAAAUGAAGAAGAAGAGCAAGAAAGUCAGUCAGAAAAGGAGAUGGGUGGAGAAGAAUUACAUGAAGAAGAAAAAGAGAAGGGAAAUGAGGACAAGGUAGAUGAAGAAGAAAAUAAAAGAGAAGAAGAGGAUGAAGAGGACAAAGAAGUGGAUGAGGCCACCCAAGGGGAAGGGAACGAACAUGUGAGGAAAUCAACAAGGGUGAUAAGUAAGGGGAAAGCUCUUAAGUCUCCAUUUCUGGAAAUUAAAAACAAGGCUGGGAAAAAGAGAACAAUUGAUGACAGGCAAGCUCUAUUUGACAUGUGUACAGUAAGGUGUAAUGAAGAGGAGCAAGAGCAAUAUUUUGUAUCGAUGUAUGGAUACUUCCUAACUCGUGGUGAGUUGCAAUGUCUCCAACGUAGAAGAUGGAUAAACGACAGGUUUAUGACUAUGGUGGCAAAGGCAUUCGUUGGAGAGCAAAAGGAAAAAAAGGGGCGAGUUAACCGCCAUAUAUUUUCUGUAGAUUUCAUGCAGAAAAUGGUGGCGAAUCCUUUAAGGUGGAAAUGGGAGGACCAUGAAAGAGAAAUAUUACCUGAAUAUAUUGGAUACAAUGUCGGGGAUUGCGAUUUCAUUUUUGGUUCUACUCUAUUUCAAGAUCAUUGGUUUUGUUAUGUUUUCGAGACAAAGACCAUGACCUUCCAUGCCCUUGAUUCGUCGAUUGAUAGCAUCACAUUCAUGAGAUUACAAGCUGAGGAAGAAGAAGCAAAGAAGAAGGUGGGUGAGCAACAACAUGAUGCAAAGAAGAAGAAAAAGAGGACAAAUAAAGGGCAGUUUGACCCCAAACAAUUCAUGGCAACACAAACUGAGUAG